AAAUUUUCACUUUAAUUAAAAGCGAAAUCAAAUUAUGAACCACAACAGUUGCAAGAGGAACAUAUUUUGCAGGUGUAUUUAUGCAACUGAACGCUGCCCAGUUGUGAUGAAGGACACCGACUUGAUUACAUUAAAUAGCAAUAUGCUGACCUCACUGGCACUCAACUUUGGCAGGCGACAUGAAAGUGAACCCAGCGUCAUGCACCGAUACAAAAGCGACCCGUGCGAAAUAGCCAAAUGGUCGCCGUGGGCCUGAAAAAUGUUGAGGCUCUUUUUGUUUGAGCCAACAAAAUGAAAUGUCGUCCUCUAAACUGCUAGUUUUUAAGCUGCGAAAACAGGCGAAAAAUAUUGUUUUGAGUACGAAAUUUGAGCUCGAACAAAUCAUAGCAAACUGUGAGUUGGCUUUCUCGUCAAUAAAAGAUAAAUUAUAAAAAUUAUAUAAAAAAGAUAAGUGAAUAAAAAAAUAAAAGGACACGUUACGUAAGGGCAGACUUGAGAACAUGCCGUGCAAAAUCCCGAAAUGUCGUAUUUUCUGUCUGAUGGUAUCCAAACACUUUAAAAAGCAAAGGAAGCAUAAGCUAACCUUCCUUGCAAUGAUGAUAAUGCCCGUGUUAUUUUCUCUAGUUAUUAUACUGCUGCGAUAUAUACCAGACAUACCGAAAUUUCAAACAAGCCCAGAUACGGCCGUUCAAUAUGAAUAUUGGUGGCAAGCACUCAUAGAGAAAAUAAACAAGCGCCGCGAAUUUAUGAUCCGAGAGGAAGAAACUUUCAAGGGCAAUGUGUUCAUACCGAAAAUAAUGGUAGGCUAUGCCCCAAACACAACAGUUGGCAUACGCAAACUGGUUGAUGGUGCCCUGAGUGUUAUGUCUCUGACACCGAUGCAGAUCUCCAGCUUUAACGACUGCAACGAGCUGCGCAUACGAGCGACCAUGGAGCAUUUUAUUGCCAGCGUAUGCUUUCACAAUGUCGAUGAGUCGCAGCGUGGUCUGCCCAUGCAGCUGCAUUAUUCGAUAUUGAUGCCAUCCGAAUUGAGGCUCUAUGAAGACACAUGGAUUGGCAAUAAUUGGAAAGUGAACCAAAUGCUCGACAGCCAUCCUGCUAGUUACGUUCCCAGCAAUACAACGCCCGUGUCCAACUAUGUGCGUGAGGGGUUCAUAUCGCUUCAGUACUACAUUGGCAUUGAGUAUCUGCAGCAAGCGUCCGGCAACGCAAAGAUACCACAAGUGCAGCUACGUACCUUUGGCCUUAAUAACACUGUUAAUGAGUUGAUAAGCGAGGGCAUCGAUACGUGUGUAUUGGUACUGCUGCUAGGACUCAUGUUUCCCGUCACCAUUCUAACAAAGGAAAUAGUUGAGGAGCGUGAACUCUCAUUUCAUUAUUCGCUGAAUAGAAACAGUGUGGGAACCCUUUGGCAGCUUGCGGCCUGGUAUUUCAAUGGAUUUUGCCUGCAGCUCAUCUCCUGCUUGAUAUUCACGCUAGUGCUAAAGGUUGAGUGGAGCUUAAAUUCAUCAGUCUUCAAAAAAUGUCCAUGGCAUAUCAUGAUGUUCUUCUUCUUUUCGUACGUGCUCUCCGUCGUGGCAUUUUCGGUGCUUCUGGCCGUAAUGAUACGCACCACAAAAAUGGUGGUGAUAAUAAUACCCACCUUCUGGAUCGUGGCGACGCUGCCUUUGCUGACGGGCCAGUCGCUGGAAUCCUCGUUGUCGAACAACAUUCUACUUGUGGCCUCGUGUCUGUUGUGCAAUGUGACAAUGUGCCGCGGGCUGAAGCGAUUGUUGAGCUUUGAGUAUCAUAAUAGCAAAUUGAGCGUCCAGCAAUAUCUGAUGUCCACGCUGAUGUCAAAGGAUCUGACGCUGUUAAUGCUCAUCGGAAUUUUUUAUAUCCAGACCGUAUUGUACAUGGUACUGGCAAUGGUUCUCGACUGCAACGUAUGCCCGUGGUCUUAUAAACUUGUCAGGUGCGUGCCAUGCCAAAAUCUGGCCAUUAAGGCACGACAGUGGAUCAAACGACGACAACGGCGGAAAAGGAAAAUUAGGGAAGAUCAGGAGGAGCUCAAUGAGAGCCUGUCGCGUCGCAUUUCUGAAUAUACAGAUAAACGUGAACAAUUAACAGAAACAGUGCAGCUGCUCAAGGAGCAGGCAAACAAACUAGUGCCAACGAAGAUGAUGAAUCAGCCGAGACGCAAAUUUGAUACAGAUAUUAGCACCGAAUCAAUGAGUUCCUCAAGCGAAUCAGAUGAGGCUUUGAUUGACAGGGCCAAUCAGCAGAAUGCACUGGACAGACAACUAUUGGUCUGGUUGAGUAACCACGAAAUGGAGAACAAGGCCAUGCUCGAUAGCGAUUCAAAGCGGGUUGCCCAGAAGUUCUACCUGCAGCAGGCGUCCAACGUGAACGAGCCGUUGGAGAGCAGCGGAGAUACAGACAGCGAGGAGGAAAGUGAUGGGGAGAAGGGUCCGAUUGUCAUCGAAUUUAAUAACGUUUGGAAAAAGUUCAACAAAACCUUUGUGGUGCGUAAGUUCUCGCUGAAAGUAUAUCAAAAUGAGCUAAUGGUCCUGCUGGGCCACAAUGCUGCCGGCAAAACAACCAUACUGAAUAUGGCCUGUGGUCAUACGGCGCCCAGCCAUGGCAGCAUUCUAAUUGACGGCUUUGAUGUGUUCAAGCGACCAGCGCGUGCCUUCGAACACGUAGGCAUAUCCCUGCAAACCGUCAAUCUCUUCAAUGAGUUCACAUUCGCCGAGCACAUAGCCUACUUCUGUCGACUGCGCGGCCUAUCGGUCAGCCAGACGAAACAUGAUGUUAAAUCAUAUUUGCACUCGCUGCACGCCGGCGAUCUGGCCCAUUUGCCCGUCGCAAUGCUAACAAAUGGACACAGGCGACUCCUCCAGGUGCUAUGCGCAUUCGCCGGACGCACAAAAAUCGUGCUGCUCGACAGGCCCAUGGAGGGCGUGGACGCCGAUAAGCGACGCCAUUUCUAUAACUUUGUGUUUCGCGAGAAGUCCAAUCGCACCAUACUGAUCACAACCAACUAUCCGAAUGUGGCCAGCAAUCUGGGCGAUCGCAUAGGCAUUUUGAUCAAUGGCAAACUGAUUAUCUGCGACAAGGAGAUGCGUCUGUUACGCAGGAACCAGAAUGUCUAUCGCUUGGUUUGUUACUUGGGCAGCGGCUGCAAUUUUCGACUGUUAUUCAAUUUUUUCGCCUAUCACAUACCAAGCAUGGAUCUGGAAUCGAAGAUGGGCGACACAGCCGUCUUUGCCAUUGAGCACGAGGACUUGCUGCUAUUGUAUAAGCUGGUUGAUUUGCUGUCAAUCAAAAUGAAUGAUUUGCAUCUGGAUAGCUUUAAGCUAAAGACGACCUCCCUCGAGCAGAUACUGCUGAAGGCCAUGAUGCACAAGCAUGUGAAGAACACUGAGUUUAUGCAAAACCCAUUGCCCAUGCUGGCCAAUCGCAUACGUCAGGUCGAGGCGACGAAACUCUCGACAAAGAAGAGCAAAUUCCUGACCGAUAUUGCCCAGCUGCUGACCCACAUCCGUGUGGUGCUGCGCAAACGAUUUAUUGUCGACAUGCGCUGCUGCACCGUGCUAAUGCUCCAAUUGCUUUUGCCCAGCGUUGUCUGCACCUGGUGUUUCAUCAUGCCGCACCUGGAGGAGGGACGCUACCAGCUGCCCACAGUAUCGAUGACAAUGAACCAUUUCCAGCACACGGUCACGUUACUGGCCCAACGAGCCCUAUUGGAGCCGGUGCGGGCCGCAAGUAAACAUUAUCUGGAGCAUGCCACGCACGGUCAGCGAAUUAUUGAAAUCGAUCCAAAUUUGGAGAUGGUCGAAUACAUCAGAUGGUAUACGGCGAAGAAUCUAAUAAUGACCGAUCUCAACUUCGUUGUUGCCGCCAUAUUCAGUGAUCAGGCAGUCGAAGCGCUGUACAACAACAAUCUAAUGCACUCGGCGCCAAUUAGCCUGAGUCUGGUCAUGAACUCAUUGGCCGUGGCCUUUGUCAAUCCCAAAGCUGGCAUUAAUGUGAAGCUCGAGCUGCUGCCCUUCUCCACCAUGCAUACGGUCUAUAUGACCAAUGAGCUGAACUGCCUGGACUGGGUCAUUUGGCUAACGUUGAGCUUCUGUUUCUGUUAUGUUUGGUCAUUGCCGCUGCUGGACUUUGGUCUGGGUCGCGGUACGGCCUACCAACGCAUUGAGGUUAUCGGUGGCAUGCGUUUUGGUACACUCAGCGUGGCCAACUUCAUAUAUGGUGUCCUUGUGGUAAUCGCCAGCCUGAUUCCAUUGAAUGCGGUCAUUUUAUACUUUCACACAUCACUGCCCAUGGAUAUUUAUGAUAAUUUCGCAUUUCUCUAUGUCAUACUCAUUGCCGGCGCUUGCGUUACGUCCAUUAAUAUUCUGCUCUCGUACUGGCUGACAAAGCUGCGCAUUGGGUAUAUUGUAAUCAUAAUAUUAUACUCGAUCGGUAUCGUAUUGUAUUUGUCAAGUUACGAAUGGCAGACAAUGCAAUUUCAUAGCCAGUUCAGGGAACUCAACUUUUUACCAAUUUAUGCGAUGCUCAACAAUCUGAUGCGGCUCAAUAAUAUAUCCGAAAUAAUUGAUGUAUGCGCCGAUGAGCAGACCUACAAGACCAGUGUGCAUCUGGAGCAGUGUCAGCUGGUGCCAAAUUGUUGUGAGCAAGCACGCCGAGAUGAUCCAUAUUGGGAAUUUACAUGGACUGCUUAUCUUACCAUGAUAUUGAUAUGGGGAUUUAUCUACAUACGAUUUGGCCUGAGUGUGGCAAAAUUGAAGCCGCCCAGAAGUAAUGAUACCCUAAAAAAGGACAUCGACCCUGACAGUUGCUUUGACCAAAGCAUCCUUCACUUUACCAACGAGAAUGAGCCCGACAACACGUGGAUCAAGGAGAAGAUACGUGUCCGUACACUGGAGCGUCCCUUGAUUAAGACCAAGGCGCUGCAUGUCGAAAAUUUGGCAGUGUUUUUUCGUACGCAUGUGGUGCUAAAUCAUAUCAACUUCUUGGUAGAACGUUACCAAAUCAUGUCCGUGGUGGGUGUGAACGGUUCCGGUAAAACGGUCCUAAUCAAGACGAUUUUGGGCGCCUAUCCCCCCAGCGCGGGCAGCAUAAGCAGCUUUGGGAAGCACUCGUAUCAGUACAGUGAGCACGAUAACUAUAAGCUAAUUGGAUAUUGCGCACAGGACGAUACGAUCAAGGAGGCACUGACUGUUAUCGAGUAUCUGCAAAUCGUACUGAUCAUACGUGGCCUGAAGAAGGCACAUGCCUUGGAGGAAACGAAAAACUUAUUACAGAUAUUCGAUCUAUACAACAGUCGAUUCCAUUUGCUGCCCCAAUGCAGUCGAGGCGUGAUGAAGCGCCUGAGCCUGGCCAUAUCACUGAUUGGAUAUGCUGGGCUCAUUCUAAUGGAUGAUCCCUUUGCCUAUCUGGAUGUGAGCAGCCAGCACAACAUAUAUAGUUUGAUUCAAUCGCAGUGCUUCAACGGCCAGGCGGUGCUCUAUACCAGCUCGGAUCCCAAGUACUGCGACGUGGCCAACCGGACGACCCUGCUGCACCGUACGAACCUGUGCGUCAUUGGUGACCGGGAGGAUCUGCAAAUGAAACAGCUGGACGAGUAUAUUGUUGUCAAGGCACGUAUUCAAAUUGAUGAGUUUUACAUGGAUAAGGACGAGGAUAAGGACGAGGCGCGACUUUCUGAUUUGUCCAAUAGCCGGAACACCGACGAGAACCAGGAUUACUUUCAGUUCUGUUCAAUAAUUGAACAUUUUUUCCCUCAUGCGAUCAUUAAAUCCAUCACCAAUCAUAUGGCCUGUUUCUGGCUAUCGAAAAGAACGUAUAGCAUGUCGGUGGCCCUGGAGACGCUGCACAAAAACAAAAAUAUCUUUUUUCCAUUCACGAUCUGUUCACCUUUCCUCAAAUCGAUAUUCAUAAACGUUGUGGGACAACCGGGUCGAACUAUUCAAAUAAUCGAAGACGAGGAUAUCUAAUUUUUAUAUUUUUUGAUACGAUUUUGCUGCUCUUUUUAGAUAGGCAUAUAGGUAAUAGAAAAUAUAUAUAAUACUAAUAUUAUAUAUAUUUCAUAGGUUCAAGCAUAUUCAUCAUUUUCUUAAGUUACAAUUUCUGUAUAAAUCUUAAAAGCAUUUGGGGC